AUGAACACCCUUAGCAACAGAACUUCGUUUGUUCUCCCAGAAGAAAUAGUACAAGAUGCACUUAUAGCACAAGACUUUCUCCAUUUAAAUGAGAAAGAACCAUACAUCAACACUUCGCCUCAUUCAUCUUACCUUCAAAUCUCAAGAUGUGUAUUGGAGUUCAAUGAAUCAAUGUUGAACUUGAAUGAUAGCCUUCUCGAUCCAUACUUUGACUCCCUUGCUAAAAGCUCAGAUAGUUGUUCGUCUCAAUCAACUAUUGAUGUGAUAGAGGAAAUCACCUCCUACGAAGCGACUCCCAGAUUACAGGUAAUGCAAAAACCUCUGCCAGAAGAAACCGAGUUCAAAUGGGAUUUACCAGAGGAUGUUGCGUCCUACGAAGCGAGACUCAAGCAGCAAAAUUCCUGGAAAAGCAGUCAGAAACGCCUAUGGCGGAACAUCUGGUGGAAAUUCACGAGCAAGGUGGAGAGGUAUUUUGUCUGUUGA